CUUCCUCUGUCUCCCUCCUCCUCCUCUUCCUCUGUCUCCAGCCUCAUGUUCACACCACCGCCACUGAGCCGGAGCACUUCACCUGUGUAGCCGACAUUGAGAGCCCGCUGCCGGCGGCCGGCAGAGUCCACUGAGCGGUGCCAGGAUGAGGUUCCACAAGUUUUGGGGCGCAUGGUCCUUUGGGUUUUACGUUUGGACGGCCAUGCUUUUCAGAGGAACCCUGCAGGGGGAGCACCAGCGGAGGCUGUACAAAGAGCUGCUGGCUAACUACAACAGACUGGAGAGACCUGUGGUGAACGACUCGGCAGCCAUCUUGGUGGAGCUUGGCCUCACUCUGCUGCAGAUCAUAGACGUGGAUGAGAAGAACCAAGUGCUGAUGACCAAUGCCUGGCUGCAGCUGUACUGGACAGAUAUCUACCUGAGCUGGAAUCCAGAAAACUACCCUGGUGUCCAGAACCUGCGUUUCCCUUCAGACCAGAUCUGGACCCCUGACAUCCUCCUCUACAACAGUGCGGAUGAGCGGUUCGACGCUACCUUCCACACCAAUGUACUGGUCAAUGCAUCAGGUUACUGCCAGUACAUCCCUCCUGGCAUCUUAAAGAGCACCUGCUACAUCGACGUGCGUUGGUUCCCUUUCGACGUUCAGAAGUGUGACUUGAAGUUUGGCUCCUGGACGCACAACGGUUGGCUGCUGGACCUCCAGAUGCUGGACGUAGACACAUCCACAUACAUACCAAAUGGAGAGUGGGACCUUGUGGGUGUGCCAGCAAAACGUAAUGAGCUUUACUACGAGUGCUGCAAGGAGCCCUACCCUGAUGUGACAUUUACAGUCACCAUGCGACGCAGGACUUUAUAUUAUGGGCUCAAUCUGCUUAUUCCCUGUGUGCUGAUCUCUGGCUUGGCCCUGCUGGUUUUCCUGCUGCCUGCAGACUCUGGCGAAAAGAUUUCUCUGGGCAUCACAGUGCUGCUCUCGCUGACUGUUUUCAUGCUUCUCGUCGCAGAGAUCAUGCCGGCUACGUCCGACUCGGUUCCUCUGAUCGCUCAGUACUUUGCCAGCACCAUGAUGAUUGUGGGAAUGUCAGUGGUGGUGACUGUAAUCGUCCUGCAGUUUCAUCAUCAUGACCCUCAUGGAGGAAAGAUGCCCAAGUGGGUUCGGGUGGUUCUGUUAAACUGGUGCGCCUGGUUUCUUCGUAUGAAACAACCCGGAGAUGAGCGCAAGCGACCCAAUUACAAGUACCGUCACUCCUCCCAGCACCACUCCAGCACCAGCUCCAUAGAGAUGGGCACAGUACCGAGCCUCACCGUUCCCCUCUCACAGACAUGCCCCCCUUGCCCCACCGGCACCUCAAACGGUUCAAUGAGCCUCUACUUUGGAAAUUACCACCCCAUAGAGAGCCCACACUGCCCACCCUCCAGCGACUCCGGGGUAGUGUUAGGUGGACGUGCCUAUGGCACCCCCAGCGACGAGGCCGAGCCUACUGGAGGAAUCAGCAGCAACGUUGGAGGCCUCGGGAUGGGAGUUGGCAUUCCCCCACCAGAGAUCCAACAUAUCCUGGAGGAGGUGUCUUACAUAGCCCAGCGAUUCCGGGACCAGGAUGAGGCAGAGGCCAUCUGCAGCGAGUGGAAGUUUGCAGCAGCGGUGGUGGACCGGCUGUGCCUGGUGGCCUUCUCUCUCUUCUCUAUCAUUUGCACCUUCACCAUUCUCAUGUCAGCGCCCAACUUCAUAGAGGCUGUUUCCAAGGACUUUACAUAGCUGGCUGCUGCAGCAGAAGAGAGGGAAUAAAGAAGGUUCAAAAGUACAUAAAGAAUAGGUGAAGCCGAAGGGUAAAGGAAUCCUCAACCUACUAUCUGGACACACCAUUGUCAUGGGAGCAGGGACAUGCACUGUUUUAUGAGAAACAUUAUAGUAUCUCCAGAAACCUCUUGCAAUUGGAGGCUGGUAGAUCUGCCAAGUAACUGAAUCAUGUAGUCAAUUUAACAAAUCAGGAGACAAAACAGUUGAUUACAAAGACACGUCAUUUUGUUUAAAAUUCCAAAUCAAGAAUUGCCCCACUCUGUCUUAAUGUCAGACACAAUUUGUUCAUAUAUGAGGUAAAGAGUUUUGUCAUGCAGGCUAAACAGUAAAGACACCUUGGUAGACUUGAGGCAAAAGGUUAGGAAUACCUGGGGCAGUAGAGAAGUGCACAUCAUAGAUUUUCUUUUUUAUAUUAAUUAAGAUGUCGGUUAAUGAGAGAUGAAUCGUCUUUACCGAGAAAACAGUGUAAAUAUCAUUGUCGUAUCUCCAGGAGUCAUUUAAAACCACUUUUUAACUGCAUGUUGCGGCACAUGCGGCGUCACAGUCCACCUCACUGCCUCUUCCUCAGUCAUCUCAUCUCUCAUAUAUGUACAAAAGCCACACAUACAAAUGUAUAAAUAUCACCUCACUGCGAGCUCGUACACCAACUGAUCACUUUCUGAACUCUUGAUAAAGGCGACACAGACUUUUUUUCUGAGGAUGUACCAUCCCUGUAGUGAUGUUAGUUUAGUUACUAAAAUGAGAUGUCUCACUGUGAAUUUCAUCAUUUUGGGUUUGACUUUGAUCAACACAGCAUCGGACCCAACUCUGUUGCUUUGAUGCUUGUUUAGAGGUAGGAUCCCAUUUCACUUUGUAUUGUCUGUUGAUUCAGUCAUAAUCAACAGUUUGGGUCAGUGUGGCAAUGAAACUUCCUGUAUAUUGUAUAAAAAAAUCACAGAGUUGUCUCACAUCUACUGGUGUUGACCAGUAACACAAGACGCACAGUGUUUUUUAGCGCAGUCAAAUAUUGUAUGAUAAACUGUACAAUACAUCUUUGGUUGUGCACUAUACAAACACAUUCAGUGACGCUGGAAUCCAGUCAGAGUUGGGGAUGCUGAGAGAAACCUUAUGUAAUGACGUCAUGUUAAAUGCAGUGCAGCAGUGGACUAUGUGUAAUUUGUGUUGAUAUGAACUGACAAUGUUUUGCAACAGUUUAAGAAUAUAUUUCUGCUAUUUGAAGCAGCACUAUACCAUAUUCAUCUUUGGACAGUUCAAACAUGGAGUGCACAUUUGUUCUCUGUCAAAUUCGUGCAGGCUAACGUCCACGUUAAGUGUUACACUUGUGCAUCAGAUAAGUUACACAAAGUUAAAUAAAAUAUUACAAAAAAAAAUAUUGGGUCGGCGUUUGCUACUCUCAAAAUGUUACCCUAAAAACUGAAAUUAAAUGAGCGUUUUUUUUUAUUGAUUUGUUUCGUAAACUUUGCCUUGCAUUUACAGCCUCUUGCCAAUUAGGGGUGCUGGAGCCCCCGCUGCCCUCUGACUCCCAGCGUCCUUGUACACAGCAUGAGUUUAUCUGCAGGAAACAGGUGAAGGAGUUUUGAAGUAUUGUGUAACUGCUGUGAAAAUACUCAUUCAUGUACUUUUAAAGGUGAACAGGAAUUUGAACGUGUUGGUCCUCACUGAAGAUAAAGAGUGAUGUGACUUUUGAACCUCUGACACCACAGAUCGGCAAGAGGCUUGAUAGCAGGAGGACUCUCAACUCCAUAAACCGCCAUAUCACCGGAGAUAUAUACUGUAGACGUAUAAAGGCCCUAUUGUCAGUGAGUUUUGCCUGUGUUUUGUAGAGGGAGCCAAGUGACUGAUCCAUGCAACAAAGUUCUUAAUGUGUGAAGAUCCAUCUUUGCCUCACAUACACCUUUAUGUUGUAGCUACAGAGUAUUGGUCUUUUUUUCUC